AUGGUCGCUACAAGGAAAGCUACUGCAACAAAAGCUCAACGCAACAAUGGCGUCAAUCGUCGUGUCACUCGUUCGACUACCGCCGCAGCAGCAACCAACGAUCCGUUCCCUGUUCCUGCUGCUACUGCUGACAACAACCGUAAAUUGAAUGAUCAAGAGGACGACGACGACGACGAUGAUGAUGCGAAGGCUAAUACUAAAGCUCCGGUGCGACAAUCUCGUCGGCUGCGAUCACAGUCUUCUUCCACUGGUCUGGCUUCUGAAUCACCCAGAAAACGACAAAAAGUCAAGCAAGAUCGGCAAGAGGAAACCUUUCCGGCAGUGCCCGCCCAAAAAGUGAAACCUGAACAACAACAAGACGACAACAAGAAGCCAGCUGUCGUUGUUACUGCUACUGCUGCUGCGGCGGCGGCGGUCCGAGGACGAGUCAAACAAGAAGAACCUCCGACCAUCACCGCGGAUGUCAAGGUUGACCGCAAAGGCAAAGGUAGAAUGGUGAUAACAAGCACGACCACCAAAGCUCAAACUCCCGCUGGUUCAUCAAGCGCGUCUACUCCAAGCUUGAUUUAUUCCAAUGAAGACUCUUCUGCUUCACCUGCUUCUGUUGAUACGACUUUUUUGGAAUCUUUGGAAGAAAAUAAAGAUUUACACGACGCUGAGGAAGAGGAGGACGAUGUUAUCGUUUUGUCGUCGACGUCUGAAGCAGAAGAUGAUGCGAUUGAUUUGACGUCCACUGAUAACGGUGAAGACGAUGACGAUGGCGAUGACGAUGGCGAUGACGAUGACGAUGACGAUUCAGAUAGCGAUCCAUCAGAAGAUGGUUCUGAGGAUGAGGGCGCGUUUCGACGUGUUCGCGUACGUUGCAAUCAACGUAGCCGUCGUAGGGUAACGCUUCGCCGUGGCCCACGCAUGACCCAUGCACAGCGAACCAACAUGUAUUUGCUCAGGCAUCAUCCAGAACUCAAGAACGUGUGGGACGAGUUGGACGCAAUGACCAGCAAUGAUCCUAUCCCUGUUGAUCAACCUUCUGAACUCAAGCUGCCUCUGCUACCUUUCCAAAGGUAUGGUGUUGGCUGGAUGCGACAACAAGAAGAAUUGAAUGAUUUCAAAGGAGGUGUCUUAGGUGAUGAAAUGGGUAUGGGCAAGACGAUUCAAACAAUUGCGCUUCUGUUGUCCGAUAGAAAGAAGCCAAAUUUGGUUAUUGCGCCCACGGUCGCCAUUAUGCAAUGGAAACAUGAAAUCGAACAGCAUACGGAUAGCGCCUUGAAGGUGUUGAUAUUUCAUGGCAGCAAACGAAACUUUACGGCAGAGGAACUACAGAGUCACGAUGUGGUACUGACCACCUACUCACUUCUCGAGGGAGAGUUUCGUCGACAAGAAUCUGGUAGAAAGAUCAUGGGAGAACUCCGCAAGGAAAAGUCGAUUCUGCACAACGUCAAAUGGCACAGAAUCAUUUUGGAUGAGGCACACAAUAUUAAGGAUCGAGCUUCUAAUACCGCGCGAGCAACGUUCAAUCUGAAUGGCGAGUACCGAUGGUCCUUGACAGGCACGCCCCUCCAGAAUCGUGUCGGUGAACUUUAUUCCCUUAUCCGCUUUAUGCAAGCCGAUCCGUUUGCUUACUAUUACUGCAAGUCUUGCGAUUGUAAAAAGAUCAGUUGGCAGUUUAGUGACAAAAAGGGUUGUGACGACUGCUCUCAUACCCCAAUGGAGCACGUGUGCUGGUGGAACAAUGAAGUCCUCAAGCCCAUUCAAAACCACGGCAACCAGGGCGAAGGCCGCAUUGCCAUGCAAAAGCUGCGGAAGCUGUUGGACAAGAUGAUGUUGCGGCGUACCAAGGUCGAGUGCGCCGAUGAUUUAGGCUUACCUCCCCGUAUUGUCACUGUGCGUCGUGACCAGUUUACGGAAGAAGAGGAGGAUGUGUACACCUCGCUGUACAGCAACACGGCUCGGCAGUUCACUACCUAUGUCGAAGAAGGCUCGAUCCUCAACAACUAUGCCAAUAUCUUUGAAUUGCUCACGCGCAUGCGCCUGUGCGCGAACCACCCGGACUUGGUGACAAAGAAGAAGGACUUGUCUGGAAACAAGCAGUUGGUCUGCAUGUUGUGCAGUGAACCCCCAGAAGAUGCGAUUCGCGCGGCGUGUCGUCAUGUAUUCUGCAGAGAGUGCUGUACUCAGUAUCUUCAAUCAUUUGAUGCAAUGGACACUAAGCAACGGCCUAAAUGUCCAACUUGCUUUGCCAAUUUCUCGGUCGAUCUCUCGCAGCCGCCUUUGGAAUUGGAAGUGGGCAGCGGCACGCACUCGGGAUAUACAAAAACCAGUAUUGUCAACCGCAUUGACAUGGACAAAUGGCGUAGCUCAACCAAGAUUGAGGCUCUGGUAGAAGAGCUUCACAAUUUGCGACGUGAAGAUCGAACCAUCAAGAGUAUUGUCUUUUCGCAGUUUGUCAACUUUCUCGAUCUGAUCCAUUGGCGUCUGUCGCGUGCCGGGUUCGAAUGCAUUCGUCUAGAUGGUCAAAUGUCACCACAACAGCGUGAUGCUGCAAUCAAACACUUCAUGACCAAACCAUCGGUGACAGUGUUCCUUAUCAGUUUGAAGGCCGGUGGUGUGGCCUUGAAUCUCACAGAGGCGAGUCGAGUGUUUAUUUGUGACCCGUGGUGGAAUCCGGCUGCUGAAUUGCAAGCCAUGGACCGCAUCCAUCGCCUGGGGCAACGACGCCCGAUCAAGAUCACGCGGUUGGUCAUUGAAAAUAGCAUUGAAAGCCGUAUUGUACAAUUACAGGAAAAGAAGACAGCGCUGGUGGAGAGUACGCUCGGCAAGGACACAUCGGCGUUGGAGCAAUUGAGUGUGGACGAUCUGCGGUUCCUGUUUGUGCUCUGA